ACUGUAGUAGUUCACUUCUAAGAUAACGAAAACACAACAUUUCUUCUUCCAUGUGAUUAAACACUAAAGAAUGCAUACUUAUUAAUACAGAGCCCCGUCUUUGUUACCCACUGUUCCUUUAACUAAAGGAGCUGAGCUCUACUUCCACCAGAUGUCUCCUUUUUCUCUCGCAUUUUGCCAAGCGAAACUUCUUAUUUUGUACCAUGUGGCGCACCGUAACGUGAGAGGCGUUGACUGUUCUGGGAGAAUUGAGUCUUUUCCUCCCGACAGCUGCCUGGAGAACAGCUGAUCUUCAGUAUUGUGAAUAACAGCAACCAGGAGCGGACUACAGUUGCAGGAGAGGCCCGGUUAAAGCAGUGUUCGGUCCAGGUGUCCAGGUGUCCAGGUGACUCCAGUCAGACAGUAUGAGCUCGAAAGGAGGCGGCACUGCUCUGACCCGCCGUAACUACAGACUGGCUUCAGACACUGACAAACCCAAAGCCACAGGUAUCGUGAACGAGAAGUUGCUGAGUGACUACCUGCACCAUGUUUUUCCUUCCACUAAACAGGGACCUGUACUGGCCUCCCUCAGGAAGCCUCUUGGUUUCCAGGAUCUUGGUGCUCAUCUGGAGAGAUUGUUGUCUGAGGGAGAACCCGCUGAGGACAGUAGAGAUCAGCCUGUUGAAGGGCGUUUGGGCCCUCAGCCAGUCGUCCUGGAUCACACCAGCGGCUUUGAAGGACUUCUGUUUGUAGAUGAUGACCUGCUGGGGGUCAUCGGCCACAGCAACUUCAGCUCCAUCAGAGCCACCACAUGUGUUUAUAAAGGGAAAUGGGCCUACGAGGCUAUCUCCUCCCAAGGUCUGAUGCAGAUCGGGUGGUGCACUCUCAACUGUCGCUUCAACCAGGAGGAGGGUGUGGGCGACACUCCGGACUCUUACGCCUACGAUGGGAACAGAGUGAGGAAGUGGAACGUGACGACCACUAACUAUGGAAAGUCGUGGGCGGCCGGAGACAUCGUCAGCUGUUUGAUCGACCUGGACGAGGGAGCCAUCACGUUCUGCUUGAACGGUCAGUCUCUGGGCACGGCGUUCACCAACAUUAAGAUGGGUCCGGGCGUCGCUUACUUUCCCGCCAUCAGCCUCUCCUUUAAAGAGUCGGUGGCUUUCAACUUUGGCAGCAGACCUCUCAGGUAUCCUGUAGACGGCUACCUGCCCCUCCAGAACCCCCCAGCUACAGACCUGAUGAAAGCUCACAAACUGCUGGGCUACAUCAAGAACGUCCUCGCCACUGCCAUCGAUGCACAGGAGGAGAGGCUGGUGGAGAAGGACUGUGCUGUGUGGAGGCUUCACGGAGAACCUACAGUCCUCAUCACUCUGGCUCACAUCUUCAACCACUUCGCUCCACUCAUGUGUAAAGUGUACCUGGUGGAAGACGUGCUGAUGAACUUCCUGUUGGGCAUUCUGGAGGGAGGAGGUUCAGUAGAUGAACACCCGCUCAUACAGCAGCUUCUGGAUCUCUUCUGGCUGCUGAUGGAGGACUAUGAAGUGAACGAGUGUCUGAAGCAGCUGAUGAUGUCCCUGCUGAGGGCCUACCGCUUCUCCCCCAUCAUCCCCGACCUGGGCUUCCAGAUCCACUACCUGCCGUCUCCACGGGCCAUCCUGCACCACGAGAAGUCCAGGAAGGUCCUUCUCCAUAAUUUCACGUUUGAUGUUCUGCGUUCAGUUGUGUUUUUUUACAUCAAGACUCCUCUGAGAGUGAAGGAAGCGGGGCUCGAGGAGCUCAUCCCAACCACCUGGUGGCCCACGCACUUCGACAAGGAGGGGAAAGAUGAGCAGGAGCCCAAAGAUGAAAGUGCAGAUGAACGACUGAGACGGAGAGCGUACGAGAGAGGCUGUCAGAGACUGAAGAAGAGGAUCGAAGUGGUAGAAGAGUUGCAGGUUCAGAUCCUGAAGUUGCUGCUCAAUAACAAAGACAAAACUACGGGAGAAGCCUCACGCUACAUUUUCCUCAAUAAGUUCAGGAAGUUUCUCCAAGAAAAUGCCAGCAACAGAGGGCACCCUACAGCUCUGUGCCCUCCUGAGUACAUGGUGUGUUUCCUCCACCGCCUCAUAACGGCUGUGAGGGCCAGCUGGGACGACGGCAGCAGGAAGAGUCCAAGCAGCAUCAGUAGUGAAGAGGCCUACGUCCCCCCCCAGCUCUUCUACAAUGGGAAGGUGGACUACUUUGACCUGCAGAGACUAGGGGGGCUCCUGUCCCACCUGAAGAAAACACUCAAAGAUGACUUGGCCACUAAAGCCAACAUCAUCAUCGACCCUGCUGAGAUCCAGGCCACGUCUAUGGAUGACCUGGAUGAGGACGAGGAGAGCGGGGCAGCUCAGAGGCCAUUUGGUGCAGCAGCGAUGGGCGGAGCUCUGGCGAGGCCCAGCUGGUUGAGUUCUCCCACUCUGGGUCGAGCCAAUCGCUUUCUGAGCACGGCUGCCGUCAGCCUCAUGACCCCCAGACGACCCCUCACACAGCCGGAGAAAGUGAAGGUUCGCACCCUCACUGUGGAGCAGAGGACCGAGGAGGACAUCGAGGGAAGCCACGGUAACGACGGCCUGUUGCUGGGGCGACCGCUGGAGGAGCCCGAUCAGCCAAUCGCAGACAAGUCCCUGCUGGAGAUUGUCGACGGGAUCGUGAUGAUGUACAACCUGAGUGUCCAUCAGCAGCUGGGGAAGAUGGUGGUGGUUUCAGAUGAUGUCCAUGAAUACGCCGUCGCACUGAAGGACACCGAGGAGAAGAUCGCCCGAUGCCCUGCAAGAAGACCAGACAUCCUGGACGAGCUCCAGAAAAGCCAGAAGGUUUUUGCAGAGAAGCUGAACCACCUCUGCAGGAGACUGGCCUGGAUCAACGCCACCAUCUACUCCAAGGAGAAGAUGCUGGACGUGUACUGGCUGCUGUGUGUUUGUAUUCGGACCAUCGAGCAUGCCGACAACACCGGCUCUUUGUUCGCCUUUGCUCCAGAGUUCUACCUCAAUGUGGCCAUGAAUGCAUACAGCGCCCUCAAGAACUACUUCAGCCCUGCAAACAGCAUGGAGGAACUACCAGGCUACGAAGAAACCUUGACUCAACUAGCUGCUAUCCUUGCCAAGCAUUUUGCAGAUCCACGUAUAGUAGGAACAGAUAUCAAAGACUCUCUGAUGCAGGCUCUUGCCAGCUACGUCUGUUACCCACAAUCCCUCAGGGCAGUGGAGAGGAUCCCAGAGGAACAACGUGUUGCCAUGAUGAGGAACCUGCUGGCUCCGUAUGAACAGAGGCCCUGGGCCCAGACCAACUGGAUCCUGGUCAGACUGUGGAGGGGUUGUGGUUUUGGCUACAGAUACACUCGUCUUCCUCACCUGCUGAAAACCAAACCUGAGGAUGCCAACCUGCCAAGUCUACAGAAGCCGUGUCCGUCGCUGAUGCUGCAGAGACAUAUGGCGGAGCUGCUGAGUAUGGACAAAGACAUGGCCGCCUCUUUCCUCAACAGUGUCCUGAACCAGCUCAACUGGGCUUUCUCCGAGUUCAUCGGCAUGAUCCAGGAGAUCCAGCAGGCUGCAGAGCGUCCAGAGAGGAACUUUGUGGACACUCGUCAGCUGAAGGUGUGUGCGACCUGCUUCGACCUGUCUGUCAGUCUGCUGCGAGUGCUGGAGAUGACCGUCACUUUGGUUCCAGAGAUCUUCCUGGACUGGUCCCGUCCCUCUGCUGAGCUCCUCCUCAGACGGCUCGCUCAGCUGUUGAACCAGGUGUUAAACAGAGUGACAGCAGAGAAGAACCUGUUCGAUCGAGUUGUCAACUUAAGACUGCCAGGUCUUGAGAGUGUGGACCAUUACCCGAUCCUGGUCGCUGUUACAGGCAUCCUGGUUCGGAUCCUGGUGGAUGGAGACAGACAGGGGGUAUCUCGGGCUGCCUCCGUCCUGCUCUCUGACCCCUGUUUCCAGCUCCACUCCAUCCAGCAUCUGUUAGGAGAGGGAGGAGACUCCUCCGUCUCCUCGGCGGCCGUCGCCAUCCCCGCCCGUCCGGUAGUCGGGUCCUUGGGGUCGACCGUGGCCCCUGCAAUCCCUUCGGCCGCUGGAACCGCGGGCUCUACAGAACGCAAGCACUUCUCCCUGCACGCAUACACCGACUACAUCAGCGAGGAGGAGAAACAGAAGGUGGAGCUGAUGUUAACGUUUCUCACCGAAGAAUCCAAACAGGCUGCGGCCAGCACAGCUCCAACCAGUGAAGAAGACCUCUGCCCCAUCUGCUACGCUCACUCCAUCUCUGCCAUCUUCAAGCCCUGCUCCCACAAGUCCUGCAAGGCCUGCAUCAACCAGCAUCUGAUGAACAACAAGGACUGUUUCUUCUGCAAAGCCACCAUCACCGGGGUCGAAGACUACAGCAAGCCUGUCGCCUCCUAACACCCACACACACACACACACACACACACACACCCACACAAACACACACACUAAACUGAGACGGCCCCCAAUAUAAAAAAUAGAGUCCUGGAUGGAUGACAGCAGCGUCCUUCAGUGUGAGAACUAGUUGUCAUAUUAGCACAACAAUUCACCUCUACCUGUCAGUGCAGGUACACCACACACACACAUACACACACACCUCUUACACAAGCUCUUACAGGAUGGCAGGUGUGUGCCAUAUUUCACCUUUACCUCUGUGGAGACACUCUACACGAAGACACACACAGGCAGGGAACAACGGAAAACUCAUACCUCACCCUACCUAUAGAUGGAUUACUGAAUGGGCCCACCAGGUACAGAACCAGGGGCCCGAGGGGGCCGGGCCCCUCUUUGAAGUGACUUAACAUUCUUGUAAGAGAAUCAAUCAGACAAAUAAAUUAAUCAGAGACACAAAACCAUCUCAAAGAGACACAAAACAAACUCAAAGAGACACAAAACCACUACAAAUAGAUGUCCAUUUGCAACUCUGUCUCCUACAAAAUUACGUUCCCAAACAACUAAACUGAAUUCUCAAUUAUAUUUUGAGAUAAUUCCUGAAUUGAUGAUUUUCCAUAGUUAAUCGUGAUUAAUCGCAAUUUCAUCACACAUUUUUUUUAUCUGUUCUAAAUUUACCUUAAAGGGAGAUUUGUCAAGUCCUCUUAUCGACAUGGGA